AUGAAGUUCCACCCAGCUCAAAAGAAGCGAGACCUCACACUUUCUGAUCAGAACGCCGUCGUAUGUUCCACCGCAAAUCCAAAACCAAAGAAACUCAAAAGACUGCCUCACGUAUUCUGCAAAGUUCUUGAACUUCCCUUCAAUUCAGAUGCCGAUGUUUUUGUCGAAGAAACUCAAGAUUCUUUGCUUUUCAUCGUCAGUAGCGCCGGAGCCGAUGAGGACACUACAACAGCCCAUGAUUUUCAGGUUCACGUAACCAAGAUUCUUCCGGGAGUGACCAAGAUUACAGUCCUCAGAGCUGCAGAUGGCGGUGAAUAUGAUUCAUUACAGGAGGAUCAUGAUAUAAACACGUGGAGAUUCCGGCUUCCGGCGAGGACGCUUCCGGAGAUGGCGAGCGUGGUGUGUAUCGGCGGGAAGUUGGUGGUUACGGUUCCUAAAGCCUUGAGCGUCGAGGAUACUGUCAAGGAAGAUAAUUUUAGUUUGAAUGAUAAUGAUGCUAUGGGUAGUUUGUUUCUUGUAGAUUCAUGA